GCUGCGUGGCUCGAGCUCGAGCUGCUGCUUACACUGAAGUUGCGCGUCACAACAUACACAACUCUGCAUGGCACCGACCUGUAAUCAUGGAGCCGUAAACCUGUGUUCUAGCGGAUCUAGGCUCAUAAUUCCAGGCUGAGGAUACAGGUGCUUUCAGAAACGCCAAAUCAUAUCAUCAGGUGGAAGGUGUGCAUUUAAAAAGGGGACUUGGGUUAGUUAAUGAAAAAUGUGGAUCUACGCAAGUAUUUUAACAUUUAUGCUUCUUUUGGCCAGAGAUGCAAGAGCUAUGAAUAAGAUUUUUGGUGAGCCGGAGCCGGUCCGGAUGAUAUCUGAGGGUUCAGACUGCCGCUGUAAGUGUGUGAUGCGGCCACUGAGUAUUGAGGCGUGCACGAGGCUCCGAGACGGAAGCUUGCGAGUGGAUGAUUUUUACACUGUGGAGACGGUGAGCUCAGGCUCGGACUGUAAAUGUUCUUGCACGGCUCCUCCAUCCUCACUCAACCCCUGUGAGAAUGAAUGGAGAACAGAAAAACUCAGGAAACAAGCUCCUGAACUACUCAAGCUCCAUUCCAUGGUGGAUCUGCUGGAAGGAACGUUGUACAGUAUGGAUCUAAUGAAGGUCCAUGCCUACAUGAACAAAGUUGUGUCUCAGAUGAACACAUUAGAAGAGACCAUAAAGACAAACCUUACCAGGGAAAAUGACUUUGUGAGAGACAGUGUAGUGAAUCUGUCUAAUCAGCUAAAGCGCUACGAGAACUACUCUGACAUCAUGGUGAGCAUCAAGAAAGAAAUCUCCAGCCUGGGACUGCAGCUGUUGCAGAAAGAUGCAGCCUCUGACAGCAAAGCACAGGGCACAGAAAGUAAAAAGUCCAAGGAGGUCAUAAAACCACCCAACAAGAAACCCCCAGCUGUCAAACCUCCACCCAAACAGCCUAAAGAGAAACCUGUCAAGCCCAAGAAAGAGGCUCCUGCCAAAGCAUCAAAACUUGCAAAGCCAGACCCCACCUCCAAAACCAAGACCUUAGUCCACCAGACGGGAGUCAUCAGAGGGAUCACAUACUACAAAUCGUCCAGGACAGAGGACUCAGAAUCACAUUCAGCAGGGAGAGGAGAGAGAGAAAACCCAGCCAAAACCCACACUGGCCACCAAACCGAGGACAAAAGGGGCUCCGAGCUAGUCUUGGAAGCCUCUGAAAUAACAUCGACUGUACAGCCAAUAACAACCACCACUACGCUUGUUGCUGUGACAACAACAAGCACCACACUAGCAACCACCAGGGAAGUGCCAAUCAUGAAUUCAACCCUGUCAACACCAGCUCCAGAGAAACCAAUGGGCAGUGGAGGAAAGACACAUUUGCACAAAGCAGGUAAAUCUCUAGACUGUGAGGGCACCCUUGCUUCAGUGGAGAUUCCAGAGAAGCAUCACAGUUAUGGACGGAAUGAAGGAGCCUGGAUGAAAGACCCAGUGGCCAAAGACAACAAGAUCUAUGUAACGAACUACUACUACGGCAAUAACCUGGUGGAGUUCCGCAACCUAGAGAACUUUAAACAAGGUCGCUGGAGUAACCUCUACAAGCUUCCCUACAACUGGAUAGGAACUGGUCAUGUGGUCUACAACGGUGCCUUCUAUUAUAACAGAGCCUUCACCAAAAACAUCAUCAAAUAUGACUUGCGCAUGCGCUACGUGGCAGCUUGGACUCAGCUUCAUGAUGCGGUCUACGAGGACACCACUCCCUGGAAAUGGCGAGGCCAUUCAGACAUCGAUUUCGCCGUAGACGAGAGUGGCCUCUGGGUGAUCUACCCGGCGCUGGAUUACGACUACUCGCAACACGAAGUCAUCGUCAUCAGCAAGCUGGACCCAAGCGACCUCUCCAUGAAGAAGGAGACGACAUGGAGGACUGGGCUGAAGCGCAACUCGUACGGAAACUGCUUCAUCGUGUGUGGCGUGCUGUACGCCAUUGACGUCUACAACCAGAAAGAGGGCGAGAUUUUGUACGCCUACGAUACGCACACGAACACGGAGGCCGCUCCACGUUUGCCCUUCACAAAUGAGUACGCCUUUGUGACCCAAGUGGACUACAAUCCCAAAGAUAAAGUGCUGUAUGCAUGGGACAAUGGCCAUCAGCUGACCUACAAUGUUCACUUUGUUGGCCAAUGAAGUUCUGGGUCCAAAACCCUACAUGGUGGGCAUCUUUGUAAUUGGGCCUGGUGACUAGGGAAAUACACCAUUUAUAGGAGAACAAUGUUUUCUUUAUUGGUAUUAUGAUCGAGAUGAGGUAUUAAAGUGAGUCGACGUUAUUUGGAAAUAUAUUGGGAAUAAUUCUUCAACUUAAGAGUUUAAGGACUUGCAUGUGUAGUUCAUUAUCAGUCCCCAAAACCUUUACCACUGUAAAUAAGGGUACAGUUAAGGAUACUGAACAAUUAUAAAGUGUAACCUGAAUGGUUUUACACAGCUUUAUGCCAUAAUGUUUAUUGUUACAUUCAAGAUUUGUGAAAUGUGUUGUAAUAUCCUUUAACUGUCUAAUAUAAUUUAAAGGAAUAGUUCACUUCAAAAUGAAAAUGUCAUUUACUCACUCUCAAGUUGUUUCAAACCUGUAUGAAUUUCUUUCUUCUGCCGAACACAUAAUAAGAUAUUUUGAAGAAUGUCAGUAACCUAACAGCUGAUGGAGAACAUUGAAUUUCAUAGUUUUUUUUCCUACCAUGGAAGUCACCUUCAAAAUAUCUUUUGUGUUUAGCAUAAGAAAGAAAUUCAUACAGGUUUGAAACAACUUGAGGGUGAGUAAAUGGUGACAGAAUUUUCAUUUUAAAGUGCACUAUUCCUUCAAAUUUUGGGGGGUGGGAUGUUAAAUGUUAUGUAAAUUUUAUUAUUUUAGCUAUUAAUUUUGUAAAAUAUUAAAUUCUCAUUGUAAAUAUGUUCAAGAAUACGUUGUGGUACAAUAUUCAUAUUAUAAACCUCAGAUUUAUCCUCCCAGAUAUUUAAGAUUGUAGUCACUCAACAUAAGUGGUUACUUAUGAUUACUCCUGGAUGAGUUACAAUGUUUUGUAUGUUGCAUAAAAUUUCACAUUUUGUGUAAAAUAGUUCAAAUAAACUGUCUAAAAUCAGUUGCUUUGUUUGUAUUUGAUAACACACAAUGUGAUGUUUGUUAUGCAUUUUGCACUUCACCAUGUAGUAUGUAAUACAGU